CAAAACCAUCAAGGUUGAACUAUGCAGCUGGUUUCAAAGCUUUUUAUUUCAAUAUUUCUAGCUCUGCAUAGUCUGCAUGCAAAUAAUGUGAAAACUACAAAAUAUUGCAUGAAGCUGUCUUUAACAACAGACGAUUGUCAUGAUGACUUACAAGUUAUUCAAGAAUCAUUUAAUAUAAGCUCAUGCGCCAAUUGUGAAAUGAAUAAAACUAAUGCCAAAGUUGAAAUAAAUUGCAACAACAGAAGUAACAGAACUGAAGAUGCUAAGUGUCCCAGUUUAUUCUACUAUGGAGCACGUCAUCGUAGGGAUGAAACUCAAAAUUUUCAUAUGAUUGAGAGAAAUACCAAUCAAUUGUGUAAUGAAGUGAGCAGCACACACAAUCCAAUCGCCGCCACUGGCUCAAAUGACGUUGUGUCAAAAACAAUCUCCUGCGAAAAAAACUUUAACACUUUGGAAUGGGUGGUUGCUCUGCUAUCAACUUUUCUCAUAGUAGAAAACAUCAUAAUACUUGUCAAAAAGUUCAAGAAACCGAAAUCUCCAGCGCCAACUGAGCCUUGCGACGAGCAAUUGAUUGAGAUGCAAGAAUUGGGCGAAGCCAGAAACUCAGUUCCAAAUAUGACUGAGGUUAACGAUUUGUACUCGGCAGUGGCAAACUCCGAAGACAAUACAACCGAGGUAGCGGAACCAUUGAGACGAGGAAGUGACAAUGAACCAAGAGAAGCGAUUUACGCGGACAACAUUGCCAGCAUUCCGGACGAAUCGUGCUUCAUGCUUGCCGAAAACUUCAACAUUUAUGAGAGAUUGGAUUCGGUGACUGAAAAUCAAGAAGAAUGAAAAUAACCUUUUUAAUUGCUUCCAUUCAUUAUUCAUUAAAUGAUCUAAAAAUGCUUUAGCAAAGACGCAAUUGAUACUUUUUUUGCUGUAAUAUUUUAUACUUGAAUAGUAGUA